GCCGGCUCCUGCGUCAGCAUCACACGCAUGCGUCGUGCUGCUCAUGUGAUCAGCUUUGGCCAAUAAUGGGCAGGCAUUCGGACGUAAACACUGAAGCCUUCACUGUGCUUACUGCGUCACCUGCGUAAGGAUAAUGACAGGGAAGAGAAAAGAUUGUUGAAUAAAAUUUUGUUUUGUUUUGACUGUUUGACUUCACGUCGACUGUUUUAACAAUGACUUUAGUACCUUUCUGGACUUUGAAAGUGUUGAUUAUAUUGCUGUAUAUGGAAGAGUCAUAUACCUCUGGUAUUUCAUCAAAAAUAUCUUUAUUUGUGUUCUGAAGAUGAACGAAGGUCUUAUGGGUGAGGAACGACAUAAGGGUGAGUAAUUAAUGACAGAAUUUUCAUUUUUGAAAAGGACAUGAAGGCCAGUAUCACUGAUACUAAUACUGAUGUCUCUAUGAAAUAUUUUAACAUUAAUUAUAGACUUUCAACAUUACAGUAAAACUAAAAGCUAUCAAUUUCAACAUUUAUUAGGCUUUAUUGCUCACAUUUUUCCAUUAACCAAGAACAUUAUUAUUCACAAGUCUAUUAUCCACUCUAGCUGAAAGUGCCAAUAUCGAAUUACUUUCAAAUCACAAUUGAUUUUAACUUUUGACGUGCAAAUUAAUCUCAGAAGCCCGUUUUGCAGUGUUUGACACCCAUUGGCAUUUUGCUCCUCCCCUGUGCAGUGCUUGAGCAGCUAUAAAUGCAUGAGUGAGACCUUCACUGAAGCAGAGGAAUGGGCAGCUUGAAAGAUUUAGCUUCACAUACGACUGAAGAAUGUUUUACAAAGAAUCUUUUCUUUCUAAUAAGAGCAAAGGUUUUUAAAACAGGUUAUUACUAGCAUGGUGACGCAUCUAUAUCUAAUGGCAGAAAGUAACAGUACCGGUGAGGUUGCAGAACUCAUCUUGUGCAAUAAUGAAGCAAAGAUUUAUGAUUGCAAUCAAUCCGAUCCCAUGAGAUCUCAAAGCCCAAUGCCGCUGAUGGACGCCUGGCUGGUCCCAGUGUUUUUCACCCUAAUUAUGUUAGUAGGUUUGGUGGGUAACUUAUUGGUCAUCUAUGUUGUCAUCAAAAACCAGCAGAUGAAAACAGUUACAAACCUCUACAUAGUUAAUCUUGCCACCACAGAUAUACUGUUCCUGGUUUGUUGUGUUCCUUUCACUGCCACUUUAUACACUCUUCCUAGCUGGAUAUUUGGAGACUUCAUGUGUCGGCUGGUCAAUUAUCUGCAACAGGUAACUGCACAGGCAACCUGCAUCACUUUGUCUGCAAUGAGUGUCGAUCGAUUUUAUGUGACCGUCUACCCACUCCAAUCUCUCCAUCAUCGAACACCACAGAUGGCUCUGACUGUAUGCACCACUAUUUGGAUAUGUUCUCUGCUGCUUUCAGUGCCGAUAGCGUUGUAUCAGCAUACAGAGUCUUCGUUCUGGUUUGGUCCACAGACGUACUGUACCGAGGCCUUUCCCUCUCUCAUUCAUAAGAGGGCUUACAUUCUUUACUCCUUCUUGGCUGUUUACAUGCUGCCUCUGAUCACCAUCUGCAUGUGUUAUACUUUCAUGCUAAAACGCAUGGGUCAAGCCACGGUGGAGCCUGUUCAUGGCUGUAACCAGCUGCAGAGACCAGCAGAACGGGUUGAAGCGGUGCGAACACGAGUCUCCAGAAUGGUGGUUGUAAUGGUGCUGCUGUUUAUAGUCUGCUGGGGUCCAAUUCAGAUCCUGAUUCUCUUGCAAGCGUUCUGUUCUGAAGAUGUCAGUCACAGUUAUACACUCUACAAACUAAAGAUCUGGGCUCAUUGCAUGUCCUAUUCCAAUUCCUCCAUAAAUCCCGUGAUCUAUGCCUUCAUGGGAGCCAACUUUAGAAAGGCCUUUAGAAGUGUGUUUCCUCUGAUCUUCAAAAGGAAAGCAAGAACAACCGAGCCUCUGCCCACCUAUAACAGGGAGAUGAACUUUCUUUCAUCCUGACCUCAAAGGAUUUUUUUGGACAGGUUGUGCAUAAUUAUACCUUUUAAAGAUAAAAUCAAUUCACUUCAUGGAGAUGUCCUCUGACCAAUCUUAUGGGACUGAAAGGUAAAAAGUAAAGAACACUUGCAAAAAAUAAAAAAUAAAAUGCAAUAGACAACAGAAAUACCAAAGAUACUAACCAUUCAGCUGGAACAGUGAUUAGUUUAUUAAAUUCUUAAAACAAUUCUUUCUGAAUACACUAUAAAACUAUAUGUGACUGAAUGUAUACACUUGUGAAAAAGAGCAUACUUUUAAAAAGAGUACUUGUUACAGAAAUAAUAUAGCCUACUACUUAGAAUAUACACUGUAAAAAGUAAUACACUCUAGCUAAUCAAUAAAAUUGUGGCAACAGAUUACAAGCAAUAUUAUUAAUAAAAUUCAACAUAUAAGAAUUGAGUUAGAAUUGAUCAAAUUAAUUCCUUAAAAGUCAAUCAUUUAAAAUGUGUAAAAUUAGCAAACACCAUUACAAAAACCACAAACUGACAUAAAAAGCAAAGAGUCAAACUGGGCAACUAAAUGAAACACUGAUCACCAUAAUGGUGACCAAACAUUUUCAAUAAAAUCAACAUCAACAUCUAAACCUCUGUUAAUUCAUGUGUUUCUCUUUCCUUUAGUGAUUCUGCUUCAGGUGUCUUCAAUGUUGGCAAUAAAAAAUAAAGAGUUCUUAAUUCAUCUUUGACGUCUGUCUGUUAUUCAGAUAUUUUA